AUGGCACUGGCAAAGCAUGCAUUGUACAAGGAGGUGCUGACAGAUGAUAGAGACAGAACAGUGGGAAGACAAACAAUUGGACAUAGGCAGUCUUGGAAACCUCCUGAGUGGCCUAUUUAUAAAGUAAAUUUUGAUGUAGCCUUUGAUCAAGCUAGAGGAAGAAUGGGGAUAGGAGUGGCCAUAAGGGAUUCAGAAGGGGAACUAUUGGGGUGUCUGAUUGCACCAAAGGAGAACGUCCCUUCAGUUUUCCAAGUUGAAUGCUAUGCCCUUCACAGUGCGAUGGUUUUAUGCAUUGAGUUAGGUUUGCCACAAGUGUGUUUUGAAGGGGAUGCAAAAGCUGAUAUAGAUGCUGUUAACUCAAAUGAUGAAGAUAGUUCUUGGUCUGGAUAA